GUCGCCGGGAGCCGGGAGCUAACGCGCAGUGGUGGCGGGGGCGUGGACCGGCGACAGGCCCGGCUUGGUGUCCUCUGGGCAGCCGGGUGGACUGACCGUAGCAGGACCCCGCUGGCCGGCCCUGACAGAUUUAAACCUCUUCAGAGUCUUCUGGAGAAAAUGGCGGACACAACACCUGAGCCUUCUGGGCAUCUUAUUGUACACUCAGACACUCACAGUGACACUGUCCUGGCUAGUCUUGAGGAUCAGAGGAAGAAGGGCUUUCUUUGCGAUAUUACUUUGAUCGUGGAGAAUGUGCAUUUCCGAGCUCAUAAAGCCCUACUGGCUGCCAGUAGCGAGUAUUUCUCAAUGAUGUUUGCGGAAGAGGGCGAGAUUGGCCAGUCCAUUUAUAUGCUGGAAGGCAUGGUUGCGGACACCUUUGGUAUCCUGCUGGAAUUUAUCUAUACAGGCUAUCUACAUGCCAGUGAGAAAACGACAGAACAAAUCCUGGCUACUGCCCAAUUCUUAAAAGUCUAUGACCUGGUAAAGGCUUACACUGACUUCCAGAAUAGCCAUAACUCCCCAAAGCCACCGGCCUUGAACUGCUCAGGUACUCCGGUGGUGGUUAUUUCCAAUAAGAAGAAUGAUCCUCUGAAACGGAAACGGGGAAGGCCAAGAAAAACCAACGGUUUGCAGGAAGGGAAAUCGGAGCUAGCUGCAGAGGGAGAGGUGCAGCUAAGAGUGAACAAUUCCGUUCAGAAUAGACAAAACUUUGUAUUUAAAGAAGACAGUGUCAGACUGAAUGAGCAGACUCCCAAAGAAAAGGAGUCAGAGCCCACCGGUGAGCCAGGCAGUGUGGAGGAGAUGCCCGCCGAGAAGGACGAGAACUCUGACCCCAAGGCUCGGGAUGGACCGGGAAGCCAGAGCAGGUACAGCAAGCGGAGGACUCGCAGGUCUGUCAAGCUUAAAGACUACAAACUUAGUGGAGAUGAAGAUGACCAGAGCACAGCCAAGAGGGCGACGUGUGGGAGGCAAAAGCGUUCCAGCGCUCCCGAGGCCCGCUGUAAAGACUGCGACAGAGUCUUUAAAUAUAGUCACUUCUUAGCCAUCCACCAGAGACGCCACACUGGGGAGCGACCCUUCAAAUGCAGCGAGUGUGGAAAGGGCUUUGCUCAGAAGCACUCCUUGCAGGUUCAUACCAGGAUGCACACGGGAGAGCGGCCAUACACCUGCACCGUGUGCAGCAAGGCGCUGACCACCAAGCACUCCCUGCUGGAGCACAUGAGCCUGCACUCAGGGCAGAAGUCUUUUACCUGUGAUCAGUGUGGAAAGUAUUUCAGCCAGAAAAGACAGCUAAAGAGCCAUUAUCGUGUCCAUACAGGCCACUCACUACCAGAAUGCAACCACUGCCAUCGCAAGUUUAUGGAUGUGUCCCAGCUAAAGAAACAUCUGCGCACGCACACAGGUGAGAAGCCAUUUACUUGUGAAAUCUGUGGGAAAUCUUUCACAGCAAAGAGCUCCCUUCAGACCCACAUCAGAAUCCACCGAGGAGAAAAGCCGUAUUCCUGCAGCGUCUGCGGCAAAUGCUUCUCUGACUCCAGUGCCAAGAGGAGACACUGCGUCCUACAUACGGGCAAAAAGCCUUUCUCCUGCCCCGAGUGCAGCCUACAGUUUGCUCGCCUGGACAAUCUGAAGGCUCACCUGAAAAUCCACAGCAAGGAGAAGCACGCGUCAGACUCCAGCAGUGUCUCUGGCAGUAGUGCUGACGAGGUGCGGAACGUUCUUCAGCUGCAGCCAUACCAGCUCUCCGCCUCAGGAGAGCAGGAGAUUCAGCUUCUCGUUACCGACUCUGUGCAUAACAUUAACUUCAUGCCCGCUCCCAGCCAGGGCGUUAGCAUUGUAGCUGCUGAGAGCUCUCAGAACAUGGCCACAGACCCGGCUGCCAACAUCACCCUGCUCACACAGCAGCCGGAGCAACUGCAGAGCCUGAUUCUUUCAGCUCAGCAGGAGCAGACAGAGCACAUUCAGAGCCUCGGCAUGAUUGGAAGCCAGAUGGACGCCUCCCAGGCCGAGCCAGUGCAUGUGAUCACACUGUCCAAGGAAACGCUGGAGCACCUCCAUGCUCACCAGGAGCAAACAUCCAGCUCAGUGCCUGCAGCGGACACAGGAGCCCGAGCCUCCUCUCCCCCCUCCACUAGGCCAGGGGCAGAGCUGACCCAGGCGCCUCUGACGGUUCCGCUGGACCCUUCCCCUGGAGCCACAGUGGCGGGGUGGCCCUUUGGGCCGUCCUCUUAUAGAUCCUUAAAGAUGUGAUCUGCCCGUUAUUUAUAAUGGGCUCCGUCAGGGCAGAGUCUGUCUUAACUAUAAUAUCAACUCAUAGUUGGCAUUUAAAUAUUGAUGAGGGUUUCCACUUUGAUCUAC